AUGGCCGAGGCCGUAGACUCAGAGAAAACUCUGGGAAUCAGAUCUGAGCCGCGAUUGCCAUUACAUACCUUCCCUCCGCCCAUGAUCAUACCGCCGCUGAAGCAGCCGCACCAGCAGACCAUCAUCCUCCUACACGGCCGAGGUUCCAGUGCGAAAAUAUUUGCGCCGGAGCUUCUGUCUGUCCCACUUAAUAAUUCAGCCACAUCACCGGGCUUGAAUGCUUGUACUUUUCGAGAUCUUCUACCGCAUACGCGCUUCGUUUUCCCGACUGCGCCGCGGUCGCGGGCAACCAUUUACAGACGGGCCAUUAUCAACCAAUGGUACGACGGGAGCGGCGACUGGGAGGAUACACUACUGGGCCACGCAAAGGAAACAGUUCUAUUCAUACAUUCUCUAUUGGAAGAUGAAGCCAUUCGGCUGGGCGGGACGGAUAAGUUAGUGCUCGGCGGCUUCAGUCAAGGCUGUGCUGCGGCGCUUGUUUGCCUGUUGUUGUGGCGGGGGACGCCACUCGGCGGUAUACUGGGUAUGUGUGGGAUGUUGCCCAUGGCUGACGUGAUGGCCGAGGCCAUGGCGGAAGGAGAUUAUCGACUGGGUGGACGGUACGAUGAGGCGCCGGAAGGCUCUGAUGACGGUCCCUUUGAGCACUCUGAUGGCGAUUCGACGACUAGCUGGGAGGGUCAUCGGUCUGAACACGAUCCGGUGGAACGAGCAUUGCGUAUUCUGGGGGACGAGAUUGGCAUCACGGUAGCGGAGCUAGCGACGCGUCCAUCAUUCCUGGAGACACCUGUGUUUCUCGGGCAUGGGACCGUGGAUGAUAAUGUCCCAGUACGCUACGGUCAGGAGGCGGCGAGGGUUUUGCGAGCGAUGGGCUGUGAGGUCGACUUCAAGACCUACGAUGGGCUAGACCAUUGCUAUUCCAAGGAUAUGCUGAAGGACAUGAUAGGGUUCCUUGGAGACAUAGCGCCGGGUUCACGAUGGUCUUGA